UGUCGGUACAAGGGGGCACUGAAAGUCAAAAUCCAAUCGUAACCCAGCUGAUGGAUUAAGUGAGAGGAAGAGUUGGUAGAAAGAAUAUAUUUCUAUUUGGAUAGUGUUGUAAAUGAAAGUAGUUUUUGUGUUUAUUAAAUUCUAAAUAUGGCUGCAGAAAUAAAACCAGUUGCUGGAUCUAGCACACAGUUCGUUAAUGCUCGCAAACCACAACUUAUAAGUAAACUUGAAGGCCACCAAGACAUUGUUAAUGUUGCUGUUAUAUUGACUGGAAUUGAAGGUGUCAUAAGCAUUAGUGAUGAUCGAACAGUAAGAGUAUGGCUAAAACGAGACACUGGACAAUAUUGGCCAAGUAUUUGUCAUACCAUGCCUUCUCCAGCAACUGCAAUGGUAUAUAAUCCAGAAACAAAAAGACUUUUUAUUGGUAUGGAAAAUGGAUCUAUAUCAGAAUUUAUUUUAUCAGAUGACUUUAACAUCUUGACUCAUCAGAGAAAUUAUUUAGCUCAUCAAGGGAGAGUAACAGGUGUGGAAUUUUCUUUGUGGUCUGAAUGGGUAUUAAGUGUUGGCAGAGAUAAAUAUUUUCAAUGGCACUGUUCAGAAACUGGACAAAGAUUAGGAGGUUUUCAGUGUAAUGCUUGGUGUACAGCACUUCAAUAUGAUAUGCAAUCUAAACAUGUAUUUAUUGGUGAUUAUUCUGGUCAAAUAACUAUGCUGAAAAUAGAAGAUUCCGGAUAUAAACCGAUUACAACAUUAAAAGGACAUUCAGGUAGUGUUCGUUGUUUAUGUUGGGAUCCAAAUCGCAAGCUUUUAUUUUCUGGCAGUUUUGACCAAUCAAUCAUUGUUUGGGAUAUUGGAGGCCAAGCGGGUACUGCUUAUGAACUUCAGGGACAUCACAAUAAAGUUACAGCAGUUUGUUAUGCAGCUGCAUCCAGACAGUUAAUUUCGGGAAGUGAAGAUUCAACUAUAGUAUUUUGGAACAUGAGAGCAAAAAGACAUGAGACUCCAGAAUGGUCAGAGAGUGAUUGCUGUCAACGUUGUUCACGACCGUUUUUUUGGAAUAUAAAAGCAAUGGUUGAUCAAAAAACAAUUGGCAUACGCCAGCAUCACUGUAGGAAGUGUGGAAAAGCUGUUUGUGACAAAUGUAGUGGAAAUCGUACUAGUAUUCCAAUUAUGGGAUAUGAGUUUGAUGUAAGAGUAUGUGAUGAAUGCCAUAGUGCUGUUAAUAAUGCUGAUCGAACUUCUUUGGCUUCCUUUCAUGAUAGUCGACAUAGUAUCGUUGAUAUGGAUUUAGAUGAAACACGUUGUCAUCUUCUAACAGUUGGUACAGAUAAAGUUAUAAAGCUUUGGGAUGUUAGUUCUUUACUACAACCAGUUUCUCCAUCUCAAGCGUGACAUUCUCUAGUUUCCUCUGAAAUAUAUACAAAUUUCUAAAUGUUGUAUUAUCUAUUAACCACAGUGCAGCUGCUAAUCAGAAAUAGUAUGCUGUCAGGAAAAUUUAUUUCUUCUAUAGUCAAAUUCAAAAGUCAACUCUUUCCAUUUUUAAAUUUGACAACUAAAAUUUUAAUAGCUAAUGAAAAAAAUCAUAAUUUGCAUAUGUUUGGUGUGUCAAUAUAAAAAUUAUAACACAACUGAUUUAUAAAUAUUUAAACAGUAUGGAGAAAUUAAUUUUUAUAUUUGUUUAUUUUUAUUUUAUAUUCCAAAAUAUUAUGCAAGCUAUAUUGCAUGUAUGACUUUUUUAAGAUGAAACAAUUUGCAAGAUACAAGAACUAUGUCCUCUGUAUUAAUUAUUCUACUACUAAAACAUUUGACUUCAAAGUGCUCAGAAAACUGCCUAGAAGACUGUGUGCUGAAAAUUAAUCAUGAAUUUCUAAAAAAAUUAUUUUAUUGUAACAAAUAUUCGGAAUUUAUGAAGAUGGUGGUUCGUUGCUAUAGAAAGAUAUAAGUUUAGACAGAUGUAGUCCCUCAAAAGCGAAGAUAAACUAACAGGUGAAUAAUUACAAGUCACAAGUCAGUUUGUUCAUUGAAAGCAAAUUGAUUGUUUCCAAUUUUCUGCAAUUAAAAGAAUUAUAAACCACAGAAUAGUUUUUGAAAUGCCUUUAAUUAUAAUACGGUCGAAUAUAUUUAAAGAUAUAUGUUGAUAAACUUCUAGAUUAGAUAUUGGGGCCAAGAUGGAGGGACAUUCCCACCAAGUAAAUACAAUGCAAAUUGGUGUCCUAUGAUACAUACAUGUUUCGUAUUUUAAUGGCUCAAAGUCAUAAAAACAAGCAAAAGAAAGUAAAAAAAAUUAAGGACAUAUCAGUUCAAAAAAAAAGGAAAAUAAGUAUUUCUCUUUAUGAUUAGAAUUAG